AUGCUGAGUCACAGGCAGCGCCUCGGAAAGCGAAAGCACGGACGAGCCACAUGCAGGGAAACUUGCACGUGUGGUUCUGGCCGGGGACCCCGGUAUACUGUACUAAUAUGUGUAGGUCCCCGUAAUUCGAGUGAGAUUGUCAUGGCGCAAAAGCAGAUAUGGUCCGGUAUUCCCCUGUUCCCUGUAUUGGUUAUGUUCUUCAUUUCUCGUCUAGCAGAAACUAAUCGAGCUCCGUUUGAUCUCCCAGAAGCGGAAGCUGAAUCAGUUGCAGGCUAUAAUGUAGAAUAUGCGCGGGAUGCGAUCCUUAAUAGUCCACUGUUGGCGGAAGCCAAUGUCCCGGGGUCCCGGGGACUCAUUCUGACUGAAACAAGGGGUGGGUCUUUACCAACUUAA